GACAGUCAGAUUGUUUCAUCUCAUGCAGAAGAAAACGGUUCAUGUGGCUCAUGUGUUUAAUGUGUGUAGUCUGUAAUUUUAGCCAUGGAUAGAAAACACAUGUCCGCAUUAUCUAUUUAUCAAUCAUUACCAACGCGGGUACAGGAUAAAUUGCUUCAUAGUUUUCCUCAGGCUGAGUCUCCACCAGCAAAGAAACCCAAAAAGAAAGUGAAUGUCCCCCAACCCAACAAGAAAACGAAUAAAAAGAAAAGAGUGAAAGCUUUGAAAUCCAGCACAAAUCCCAGCAGCAGUGAUAAAGCUCAAGAUGAGUCUCGUGUGAGCGAUGACAGCGGAGGAUUUGAUAAUCCAGCUCUUGACAAGCUUCUGACGGAUCUAGCGAAGGUCAACAACAGCAGAGAAAGAGCCAACAGACUUUUCCAGUGGCUUAUUCAUCCAGUCCAAGCUAAAACCUUCUUCAGAGAUAAUUGGGAGAAGAAACCGAUUUUAAUCCAGCGACAGAAUCCAGACUAUUAUAAAGGACUCUUUUCAACUGCAGAGUUUGAUCAGAUUUUAAGAAAUGAUAAUGUUCUGUAUGGAGUGAAUCUAGAUGUGACGAGCUACACAAAUGACACAAGAGAGACGCACAAUCCUCCAGGAAGGGCAUUACCGUACACGGUGUGGGACUUCUAUGAGAGCGGUUGUUCUAUCAGAAUGCUUAAUCCUCAAGCUUUCUCCUCCACUGUAUGGCAAGUGCUGUCUAUUCUUCAGGAGAUGUUUGGCAGUAUGGCGGGCGCAAAUACAUAUCUGACACCAGCUGGGACGCAGGGCUUUGCCCCACACUAUGAUGACAUUGAAGCGUUUAUUGUUCAGCUGGAGGGUAAAAAGCACUGGAAAGUUUACAACCCUCGUUCUGAAGAUGAAGUAUUGCCUGUGGUGUCCAGCCCUAAUUUCAAUCAGGCAGAGAUCGGGCAGCCUGUCAUGGAUGUGGUGCUGGAAGCAGGCGAUCUGCUGUAUUUUCCUCGAGGUUUCAUUCAUCAGGGUGAAUGUCUGCCUGAUGCCCAUUCACUGCACAUCACCAUCUCCUCCUUCCAGAAAAACAGCUGGGGAGAUCUGCUGCUGAAAUUGAUGCCAGCAGCAGUGCAGAUCGCCAUGGAGGACGAUGUUGAGUUUAGGAAGGGAUUACCGCUCGAUUACCUUCAGUUCAUGGGGGUUCAGUACUCUGAGAAGGAAGAUCCACGGCGAGAUAAAUUCAUGGCACACGUUCAAGGUCUGAUGAAGAAACUGGUUCAUUUUGCACCAGUAGAUGCUGCUGUGGAUCAGAAAGCCAGAGAGUUCCUGCACGACUGUCUUCCUCCUAUGCUGACCGCAGAGGAACAUGCCAGCAGUGUGUAUGGAGCUCCUGUCCGCUGGGGAGAUGGAGAAGCUCUUAAUGUGAAUGUUCAGAUUAAAGGCCAAACUCAAAUCAGACUCGUGCGUGCCGGAGCUGCCAGGUUGUGCAGUAAUGGAGACAAUGUUUUGCUUUGCUACACUACAGAGAACUCAAGAGUUUAUCAUAAAGAAGAGCCCAAGAGCUUUGAGAUACAAGCUGAGCACAUAGAUGCCAUGGAGUUUCUCAUUCAUUCAUAUCCAAAGUUCAUCACGGUUUCCAGUUUACCAUGUGACACAGCGGCUGCAAAGGCAUCUCUGGCAGAGCUGCUCUUUGAGAAAGGAUUGAUCCACACAGCCAAACCUUUGACUGCUGAAUAAAAAUAUUUUCCUUGUUGUUCAAAUGACAUAAAAAAUCUCAAAUCUGUGUGCUUUGUUAAACAGCGAUGUAAUAAAAUAUAAGUGCAUUAUUAUA